AUGAGUAUUGCUGCACGGAAGAGACAAAGGCCGGAGGGGGCCCCGACGAGGCACGGCGCUGGCUGUCCCGGAUUUUACCGGAGCGCCGGGGGCAUCCCCGGAGAGACCGGCCUUAAGUCCUGCCGAGACCUCCGUUGGGUCCGGCGGUCUCCCAAAAGGCCUCCCGCUGCCGCCUGGGGAGAGGCCACCCUUACCCGGGCGCCCUUCCCUCGGUGCCGGUCGAGGCCGGAGGGCCACCGCCGGGGAACGCCCCGGAGGCCUGGGCGCGACCACCGGCACGAAGGGGCCCCGAGGCCUCCGCCGACCCCGCUCGCGAGGAUGCGGGCCGUCCGCUUCGGCCCGGGAAGAGGGCGGCUCUCGCAGGCCCCGCGCGCAGGUUCAGGGAAGCCGGAAGGGGACCUCCCGCUGCUGGCCAGGAACGACCCGCGACGCUCGGCCGUUCUGAGCCGGGCUCGCGCCGGGCCUUCGAGGGAUCCGGGGACCCCGCGAAGAAGGCCCUCCCCGGCCCGGGUCGAGAAGCAGCAGCUUAAACAUCGCAAUUCACACGUGGCCGUCUUCGAGAAGGCUCCAGGGCCCGACCGGAGACAACGGGACGGAGUUCAGAUCGGCGGCGCGGCCUCUUCCCGCGCCGCGUCAGCCUACGCGUCGCCUCCGGUCUCGGCCGGCCUCCGGCUUCAGGCCAGGCCAAGCGCCUCCCGGCCGGGUCGGAAACAGAAGCGCGCCCCUCUCGGCGGGGAUCCCGGGCGGGCGCCGGCCGACGCGAGAAGCGGCGCCGCCCGGAGCCUCCCUCCCGCAGCCCGCCGGGGCGGAAGCCGCCGCGGAGCCCCGCCCCUUCUGCUUCCGGCGCCGGGCAUGGCGCGCAGGAGCGGCAGGAGCGGGCGGGCGGCCGGCGCGGCCCGGCUCGAGGAGGGCGACGAGGACGAGGACUUCGCCGCGCCGCCGAAGAGGCCUCGCCCCCCCGGGAAGAGAGUUCCCCUGGAUGACAAACUUUUCCAGAGAGACUUGGAAGUUACCUUAGCGCUGUCGCUGAAUGAAUACUCAGGAAACAACAAUAAAAUACAGAAAGAAGGUGACCAUGCUGAACCUAAGGAAGCCAUAGAGGAUUUCAGACAGGAAGCCCCGUUAUCCAUGCCAGGGAAGGGCAGUGAUGAUAACACCUGUGCCAGUCAGGGAAACACUCAGCCACCUUUGGAGGUUGAAUUAGGUUCUUCAGAAUCAGUUGGGAAGCCUUUGAAGACCUCAAGCCCUUCAGUGCCCAAGAAACCCAGCUGGACCCCCCCAGCUGCAUUAGGAGGCAAAAGCAGCCAGUUCAGAAGAGUCCCUGUUAAAUCACCUGUUCAUGGUCUCCGGCUUGGCCUCUCCAGAUUUGCAAAAGUGAAACCCCUGCACCCACAUUGUGCCAGUACCUGAGAGUGCUUGUGCUGGCAUGAGAAGGCUGCAGAUUGAGGUGGAAUGGGGGAGAGAUCUGUUUUUUGAAAUGUGGAAUGUGGUGCAAGCAAUAAAUGCAUUCCAAUUUGGAAAAAGCUUUGCCCUGUAAAGAUAAACGCUGCCUGUAAAAUAUGACUGUUGUCCCUUGAAGUAUCCACCAGUCAUAAUGCCACGGCACCAUCACCUUUCCCUGAAAUGCUCAGGAAGUUGGCCAACCCAACUGGAUCCUUUGGUUUUAUCUUGGCCUGGAUAAUUCUGGCUGUUUGGGAUUGCAUAACCAGCAUCUGCUUCAGGGCAUAUGUUGUCCAUCUGAAGAAUGUAUUUUAUGAUUACUCUAAAGACAGCGUACCAGGGGGUAGUGUGUUAGUCCCCCUGCAUUUUUCUUAGGAUAGAAAACAUGGUAAUUGGCAUCAGUUACACUGUUGUUUCCCUGACCCAUGAAUACACAUUCAGCCUCCAAUCCUUGCAUUACUCUCUGUUUGAAUUAGAUACUGAACGUAAUGAUGAAAUAUAUUUAUCAUUGUGACUUUUUAGAUAAUGAAAUAAAAUCUUUUUAGAAAAAAGAAGAA